GGCGCGAUGCAGGUUGCGGGGCGCGCGCUGCUCCCGGCGCUGCUCCCGGCGCUGCUCUGGCUGGCGGGCGGCGGCGGCGGCGCGGGGCGCGACCAGCGGCAGGUGUAUCUGGAAUACAAUCCCGGCUGGAACAGUUCUGCCGGCAAUCUCCUGCAUGUCCGGGCUGUGGGUCUUGAGGACACGAUUCAUUACAUCUGGAGCACCAUUGGCGCGCCCACAGUCCUGCUGGUGUACACUGGGAGCACCAACAGCGCCCUCCACGUCAACUGGACUGCACUCCUCUCUCCCUCUCCCUCCGGAGCAAUCCGGGUCGAGCCGGCGACCAGCAUCUUGUAUUCCACAGCUGUCAUCUUUCCCAAGGUAUUCGAGUACAACGGCACCAAGACAUCAGACCUCUCCAAGGUGGACGCUGGCGACUUUUACCCGACCUACGAUUUGGCCAGGUUCACCUGGGACAGCCUGGAUGGCCGGCUGAACAAGUCCACCCUGACCGCUACCUUUCAGGGAGUCAGCUCCGAUCCUGGAACAGCCUUCUGGAACGGAAGCAUUUCCUUUCAGGUGACGGCGUACAAGGAGUCUGGCCGUGAUGCGUCCCUCCCGCGCCUGCUGCACACGGCCAACAGCUCCAAGGUCGAGUUCGUCAUGAGCGGGGUCUCGCCCCGGGGCAACCACUCGCGCUUUGCGCUGGAGGUGGUCACGGUGGAAGAGCGAGGCUGGCGGAGGCAGCUGCGCGCCGUGAGCUCCAUCGACGAUGAGUAUAGCCCAACCAUCUUUGAGAUGGCGCAGCUGGUUUCUGAGCCGCACGACACGGACGUCGGGCUGAGCUUCCUCCAGUGGAAGACGGCGGCAUACAGCUCCCGGCACGCCGAGCGGAUAGACACCGUCCAGUGCCGGUACUACCCUCUGCGGACAGCAAACCGCACGGUGCCCCGGCCCAGCAUUGCCCUCGCCUACUUCGGGCAGGAGCUGGAGAGAGACCACGCCGUGGCCGCCGUCAACAUCUCCUUCGGCAGCGAGGACGACGAGGCUUACCAAGAAAAGGGCUACCUGAGCUGGUCCGCGCUGAUUGGCUUCGGCGAACCCCCCAUGGACUCCUUCUCCCCACUCGUGAUCGCGAUCCUUGCUGUGGCGCUGGGGGCCCCCGUGGUGCUCCUGGUUGUGGGGAGCCUCGCUGUGCUCGCCGUGGGGAAUAAGCGGCAUUCCGAGGAUGGGGAUGCUGGAGCACAGUCCUCGUGCCGCGAAUCUUCCAGGAAGGCUCAUCGCCGGGCUUUCUCCCCAUGUUGGUACAGGGACACCAAAGCAGCGGGAGGACAGACGGGGGACAGCUUCUGAAAAGGGGUAGCCUAGGUUGAGAGUCUGACUGGCCCAAGGUCAGCCAGAGGAGUCCGUGGCUGUGUGAAGACUGGAGCCGGUCUCAGUUCUAACCAUGAUAUCCCACUGGCUCUCCUGUUCCUUCAAAAAUACGUUCUGAAUGUGGGAAGCGCAAGUGGAAUGACUGAAAAGCAGAGACCACUUCUCUCUAAGAAGAGGGCCAAAGCAGUGGCGAACCUUCUAAUACAUGAGGGGAGCAACUUAACGGGGAAGAGGAAGAUGUGAAGGCAGCUUUGGAAGCUGUGAAGGUCAUACCUUUGCCCCUUCGCUGAGGGCACUGCUCUCCCAGGACACAGUGCUAGAAGGAAGGAUGCCCAACAGGACAAAAUACAGAACAGAUUCAACAAAAUGGGUGCAGCUGCAUUAUGGCUGAGUUUUGCACGAGUGGCGUUUCCGAGCCGUCCCCCAGUCCAGCAAGAGGGCAUGAAUAACCCAGGCCGGAUCCUGCCCGCUUUUGCACACUGCAAGGCAAAACCUCCUCCUGCCCCCAGCGUUCUCCACUGUGUCUGCAUGUCUCGCCCCACAACUAGUCCCAGCAUUUGGGGCGCGCACUCUGUGCAUCGAUGCAGCAUCGAGCUCCGUCUCUCUAGCCUCCCGCUCGGCCAUGGAACAGAGAAGCUGCAAUGCACGAGCGGAAUCGCCAGCUGGGGCUCAUACGGUCAAAAUACGCUUUCCCUCUGGCAUCCUUGAUUAGCACACGAGCGACAUGGUUGUGAGUAAAAUCAGACUCUCAUACAGCCUGGAUUUUUGUUCCUCUGGUUUGGUAUGAAUUUAAGUGCAAUUUUCUGGAGUGGGGCUGGGUGUAUGUAUGCAUGGGAAGCUAGACCUGAAGCUUCCUGGCUUUCAAGCUGGGGAUGAUGCAGUUAAGCAAUGCAAAACUUCCCCCGGCAUAUAUAACCUUUCUCAUGUAACUUAAGAAUCACGGGUUGGAUAAAAGUGGCCCUAAAUUCAACCUGA